AUGGCUACGAAUGGAAAUGAUUCGACUCAAGAGAAAGAAGAAAAUGUUUGCAUCAUUUGGUUCAAUCCUGAAACGACGAUAUUUGAUGAUGUUUUAGCACAGAUUAAGAAAGAACUUAGUGGGAAUAAAAAUUCUAUAUUAUUUCAUAACGAUAUCGACCAAUGCAUUGAUUUGAUAGAAUCCCUAAAAGAUAAGAAGACUUCUCUGAUCAUAUCUGGCAACAAUAUAUUCAAAUAUCGAUUACAAAUCAACAAUCUCCCGAAAUUUUAUGCCAUUUUCAUUUUUCCAGAAGAACCUGAAAAAUAUGAACGUGUAAAAGAUGAAUAUUCUAAAGUCGUGGGUAUCUUUGGUAAUACAAUCGAUCUGAUUGAAUCGAUCACGAAAAAACUCAGAUUUGUUAAUGAACAAGACGAAAUCAUUUCGUUUUAUAAUCGUCAUCAACAAGGUGCACGAAAAUUAACAGAACAAUCUGGUAACUUUCUUUGGUUUCAAUUGUUUAAACAUGUUAUAAAACAAUUGCCUCAUGAUGAUGAUGCAAAGAAUGAAAUGCUUCAACUCUGUCGUCAUUAUUACUACGGCAAUUCAAUCGAACUUAAAAAUAUUGACAAAUUUGCAAAUAGUUGUGAUGUUGAUUCGUGUAUACGUUGGUAUACAAAACAAACAUUCGUGUACAAAUUGAUCAAUCAAGCCUUACGAACAGAAGAUAUUUUACAAUUGUAUAAAUUUCGGUAUUAUAUUGCCGAUUUAUCACAACAACUCGUCAAAGAAUGUCAAAAGACCGUUGCAGCGAUGGGCACAAACUUUCGUCUUUAUCGUGGUACAGCAAUAAGUCAAGAAGAAAAGAUGAUGUUGCAGGCGAAUAUCAAUCGACUCAUUGUGACCAAUGCUUAUUGGUCAACAAGUAGUUGUCGUGAAAUAGCACUUAGUUUUGCCCAUAAUAUCAAAAAUGCCGUCGAAGUUUUAUAUGAAAUUCAAUGUGAUUUAGACAAAUCCAAUCCUUCUAACAUUGUUGCAGAUAUAUCCAAAUUAAGUGAAUUUCAAACAGAGAAAGAAUUUUUAUUUGACGCAGGUUCAGUUUUUCUUGUCGAACGCGUUGACGAAAUAGCAGUAGACGCUAAGAGUCAGCUAGUUAUAGCUCAUCUUAGAACAAGUACCGAGGGAUAUAAAAUUACGAAAAAUUAUCUCGAAGAAAACCAACGAGAAAUGCGAUAUGAAAGUCCAAUGACUAUGUUAGGGAUUUUACUGAAAAGAUUAGGAAAAUAUGAGGAAUCAAGUCGCUACUUUGAGCGACUUGAACAGAAUCCCAGAGGAGAGAAACUCUCUCACAUAUACAAUCGCAUCGGAGUCGCUUAUAAAUAUAAAGGUGAAAAUCAUUUUCAUAGUGCAUUAGAAUAUUUUCAACGUGCGUACGAUCUUCUUAAGGAAGGUGAUCCAUCUGAAAGAGUUUACUCAGCUUUAGUGAUUCAUAAUCAAGGACAAGUCUAUUUCAAACAGAAAAGGAUUUAUGAAGCUUUAUCCUUCUAUGAGAAAGCAGUGAAGAUUCUUGAUGAGGAAAUACUGGAGCCGAAUCGUUACAUUGCAGCAGUGUAUUUCAGCAUUGGACGAGUGUAUUCUUACUGUGAAGACUAUAAAACUGCUCUCCGUUAUCAAUUCGAUGCGUUGGAAGUGCGAGAAAAAUGUUUAGCACCAAACGAUGUUGUUCUUGCCUUCAGUUACGAAGAAAUUGCCAAUGUGCAUUCAUAUUUAGGGCAAUAUGAGAAAUCUCUUGAAUAUCAUUUAAAAGCACUAGAUUUGAGGCGAAAGUAUUUACCAACUAUUCAUCAUAAUACAGUCUGGAGUCUCUAUCAGGUUGGGAAAAUGUAUUAUAAGAAUUAUCAACCGAAACUUGCCAUUCAAUACGAUGAAGAAGCACUUGAAAUGAUAAAAAAGUGCUCACGUAACGAUUACCAACAUCGCACCAUCAUUAGUAUUCUUAAACAUUUGAUAUUAGUCAAUAAAACUCGACCUUCGGAAGCACUUCGAUGGAACUAUGAAUUGUUAAAGAUCGAGAAAGAAGCUUCAAUGACUAAACGAACAAGUGAUCAAUCCAAUUUAGCUCGUAAAUUUUAUUGCUUAGCUUCUAUAUUUCAAACUAUGAACAAUAUACAAUGUGCACUUGAAUGUUACGAACAAGCAUUAGAUAUUAAUCAACGUAUUUAUCCUCUCCAUCAUCCAUUUUGUUUAAACACACAAAAACAAAUUUAUUUUAUCAAAUUCAACAAUGAAAACUUUCGAACGAAUGGAUAUCGAAAUACAUUCAAACAUUGA